UGUUGAAACAAAGUAGGCUACUAGUCCUCGUGUCUCUUUAAAUGCGGGUUGCGUAGCUCCUUCAUGAAUGAAACCAUGUGAUCCAAACAUCGUUUGACGUCUGGCGCCUCCGACCACAGACUAAAACAAGCGAGGAAGGAGUGGAUAUAUCUAGAGACCCUGCGAGAAGGCGUGAGCGGAGAAAAAACACAACACAAAAAACCCCCCAAUUUCUCCAAGUGUCUCCUUCCCGCGGACCGUCGGUGGACGGCAGCUCUAUCGAGGGGUGUCGUGGGGGAAACGCGCAGGUUUGACUUCUGGUCUGUGCAGAAGAGCCGGGUUCUUGUGGCAUGACGACGACUAACAAAGGAAAUAAAGCCUUAAAGGUGAAGCGUGAGCCGGGAGAGAAUGGCACCAGCCUUACAGAUGAUGAGCUGGUGACCAUGUCGGUGCGGGAGCUGAACCAGCACCUCCGAGGCCUCACCAAAGAAGAGAUCCUGCAACUGAAACAGCGGAGGCGCACCCUCAAGAACCGGGGUUAUGCUGCCAGCUGCCGGGUGAAGCGAGUCACCCAGAAGGAGGAGCUCGAGAAGCAAAAGGCCCAGCUGCAGCAGGAAGUGGACAAACUGGCCAAUGAGAAUGCUUCAAUGCGCAUAGAGCUGGAUGCACUAAGGUCUAAGUAUGAGGCGUUGCAGACCUUUGCCAGGACUGUGGCACGCAGCCCCACCGUUGGCGUCGGGGUCAGGGCUGGAGGGGGAGGGGGAGGGGUUGCAUCAUCAGUCAUUGGUCCACUCAUACCGGGGAAAGUGGCAACAGCGACGAGCGUGAUAACAAUAGUGAAGUCCAAGACGGAUGCACGAUCUUGAGGGCAAAAAAGAUAAAUGAAGGUGUAACAGGAUAGAUUUCAGCUGCAUCAAAGUAAUCCUUCUUCUGCGCUGCCCCCCCUUUCCUCCUCCUCCUCCUCCUCCUCUUUUCCAUCUGCACUGACUUCUAACAGCUGGGCAGUGUAACUUGCAUUGCCUCAGCAUGUUCCCGUCACCCAUCUCAGAUCAGUGCAGAUGGACAGGAUAGAAGCAGCGGAGGAUUAUUGAUUCUAGUUAAAAAAAGAUCUUGAUUGGGGCGUGAUCACUCUUAACAGGAUAAAAACACAGGGUCUACAAGGCCACUGAAUGGAUAGAAAUAUCAAGAACUGGCAAAUUCUUGUUUUAUUUCUUAUCUAGAAUAAAAAUCUAAAAAAUGACAAAUGUCCAAAACACUUGGAAAAUUCACAAAAUUUCUUAUGGUGGCUGUUGCCUUUGUAUGCAUAACCCUAUUAAACAUUUGUGCACAAUAUUGGAAAUUGGACAUAUCUAGAAAAAAGAAAAACACACGCACACGUUCUAAAAGGAAGGAAAAAAAACACUCUAAAUUAAACAGUCGACAGGUAAUAAUCAUCAUGCUUGUAUUAUGGAGCUUGUACGAAGAUUUACGUAUAAGUGUUGAUUUCACUGGCUGCACUGAAGCCCCAUCUUGUUCUACCUACCCAUGAACUUUUACAGAAAAGUAAUAUAGAAAAAUAUAUAUUAUACAAUGGUGGUAACUGUAUUUCUACUGUUUUGUACUGUGUUGUCAUUCACAUAAGGUCCAAGGUGUAUUCUUUGUGUGUGAAUUGUUAUAUAUAUCAGGAAUUCUGUGAAAUUCUGUGGCACGUGUUUGUUUUGGUAUCACUAUGUUCAGUUAGCUGUAUUUUUAUUUUUUUAUUUUCCUACAGUCUCCUCACUUCCAAUGUGCAAGUCUUGCUCUUGUUUAAAUAUAGUUUCUCUUUCCUACCCCCCCUCCCUCCCUAAUUCCCACUGGCUUACAUUAUUUCAUGCACUCUUUCCUGGGUUUAUUGGAGAGAAGGAGACAAGGUAAUUGAUAUUUACCAAAAAAGAAAGAAAAAAAAAAAACACAACUCACAAACUCAUUACUAUAGAAAAAGGGAAAACAAAGUUAUUGAAGAAAUUGCAUGUGAAUUUUCUGGGAGAUGAUUAUCUGAACACCUGAGCUGAAGAGGAUCAAGUUGUGAUCUAAGGAUUUCCCAAAAGUUUACAUAAGAAAUUUGAAAGGGCAAGUGCCUUGGUCUCCUAAUGAGAUGCAUCAAGAAGGACGUUGAGAAGAACUGAGGAAGGAUGCGGAAGUGCAGGUGUAAACUUGUGCUUAAUCGCAUAAACUGACCAAUCAGGAAUCAGGUUGUAACAGCAUUUAAUUUUCGCUGUGCAUUGUUGUAUGAGCUGUGUGUGGUAGUCGUCGGGAUUGAUCAUUUUAGAACACUCAUUUAUGUGACUGUGGUCUUCAGUGAAGAUGGAGUGAUUUGCAAAACAGGAGCAUGUAUUUAUCCCCGUCUUUUGAACAGACUUAAUAUUUUGGAUAUUUAGUUUCCUGAGUAAAAAUCCAAUCAUCGUAAUUAAUUUCUCUUGACUGCUGAUUUCAAUUUAUGCCAUUGCCCCUAAAUUAUUAUUAGUAUUAUUUUAUUUUAUUUGACCUAAAAUCAAAGUGGUUACUGCAUUCCUUCUCUGAAUUUCCAGUCACACAAAUGGCCAGUAGUUUCUUGCAGUCUUUACCGUAAAAGUAGUCCUUUGUGGUGUUACAUGCUCAAAGAGUCUAUGUAUGGUGGAGUCUGUAAUUUUAUAAAGAAAAUUAUCUUUGCAUUGUUUGCAAAGACAUGCUUAAAAAAAAAAAAAGUAUUAUGAAAUCUGUUUGAUAUACAGUAUGUCUCUAUUUUGCAAUUGUACCAAAAGUGGCUUAACUACUGAAUAGCUUUGUUUUUUCUCUAGUGACUAGGCACGUGUGUGUAACGGUGGACUAGCGUGUGGUGUGCUGUGAAGGUAUGUGACGAGGUUCUAUAAUGUUCACUAUUUCACAGAUGUGACUUUGAUCUGUGUUUGAUUUUUGGGCAGAAAUGUAUGAUGACACAGUGGGUAACUGCACUCUCUCUGAUUGUGAAACCGUGGUCCUCGUGGCGCCGUUGUUCAGCUCGCACACUGCAGACGUGUCAGAUCAUUUGUUAAACUGCACUUACGAGGCAUGAAUGGAAGGAGUUAAUUUUGGCUGGCCCAUUUUACAUUUUUCUGAACAGACCACUUCCACUUUAUUUUGGCCAUGGUGUUGUUCAGAGGUUGUGGCGAAUAACAUGACUAAUGAGAUGAGGAUGUGCUCUGGUUAACCCUUGCAGGCCUCAUGAUAUUGUGUAUUCAGGACAUCUAGAAAGGUAAUAGAAAUGAAAUUUAAUUAUAGGGCUUCUAUGGUUGCAUCACACCCACUCCUUCAAUAACUUAUUUUUGUAGAGUGUGAUGUAGAUAUUUUGUUUUUGCAGUGUACAUUUUAUGUAUAUUUAAUGAUGUUCUUGUUGUAUUUGUUUUUUGAGCUGUUCCGGAUGUGUCAGGGAAGUGAAGUCACAUUUGUUAUUGUACAUGGUGUUUUUAUAAAUUGAGUACGUAUAUUCUGGUAUUUAAUGGUCUGUCAGAGAGUGAGGUUUACCUUUGAGUACAGUUGCCUCAAACAUUUAUAACCUGAUUUUAAAGUAGACAUUUGCUGAAACAGAAACACGUUACAGUGAUUAAACGUAUCAUCAACAUGCAGCCUUUUACUUGAGCCGCUACUCCACUGUGACAAAAACUGGGUUAGCUGGCCUGCUGUUGUGCAGUUGGUAAUAUAAGUGUGUCAUUAUCAAUACACAACAUUAAUGCAAAAUAGAAUUUGAACAGUGAACAAAGGUUGAGGAUAUUUUUUUUUCCUUUCAUAAUCUUUACAUUGAUAACUACCUGCAUUUUUAGUCACGGGUGAAACCAGAGAGCUCCGCAUUUCAAAUGAAAAUGAUGUCAUAGUAAUUUACUCCAUACAAUUUGGCCCAGUCUCAUAAUAACAGUCAAUUAUCAUUAUCAUACAAAAAAGGCCCAUCUUACUUUGUUUUGAUACAAUGCAGUUAAAUGUAGCCUAUAGUUCCUGAAUCUGAGAGAAUACAUUCUUUCUCUCACCAUCAUUCUGACUUUUACAUUUCUUUGUUUUAGUUGUUUUUCUUUUAAUUUUCUCCCAGGUUAUUUUUCACUGAUAAGUCCUGUGUAGUCAUAUACAUGUACAAUGGGAAGAAACACAACUAAGUUGUGUCAAACUGUAUCACUGUUUGUGCCUCUGUAAAGACAAUAUGUUUCAGUCUACUUCGUAUUUUUAUGCUCCUCCAGUUCGAAAAGGCUACAUACAGUACUGUGUAAGCAUAAAUGUGUCAUUAUGGUGGCUGCUCUUUAAUAGACAUGUCUAAUUAUGCAAACUGUGUUGGGUAAAAUUAGAACUCCUGCCAUACAGGAGAAGUGAUGCUAUUGUAGUCCUUUUGUCAGGUUGUCUGUUUUAUAAUUGCAGGUACAAUGUGAUGUGACCAGGUAAAACAGCAUUUUAUACGUAAUUAUAAAUGCCAGUGUCAGUUUGCCUCUGUUUUAAGUUGUGGCUUUUACUCAGUUUCAUGAAACAGUUAACUGUGAAUCUUUAAACCAGUUUGUCUUUUUUUAAAUCAGAUUUCAAUUUAUGAGGAGGGCACCAUGGGAAAAUAUAAUAUAGGUGUCACACCAAGCCUCCGGGCGAUCUGAGAUUUAUUUCUGUCCUUAUCAAGAUGUGAAUUUCUUGUGGUGAGAGGUAGUGUGUCGGCUCUUGAGGCAGAUCAGUUAAAUAUUAGAGAAGUUUUAAUCUUGCUUUUUCACUCUGCAGACACGAUCAGCUGACAACACUGACCUUCAGUGAUAAGCAGGCGGGGCGGCUUGGUGGCUUUUCAUAACAAAGUUUAUGAACUGUGAGACUAGCUGACCUUAUUUUCCACAGCCUGUAUAAAGGUUAUACCCUCCUUAUGAUAAGACAUUUCAUCACAAACCAGAAGAACCACUCAUUCUCGAAGCUAUAAAUUAUUUACAAGGGCUGGAGGGAGGUGAUGGAAGCACAUCUGAUAAAACUCUUAACCAGACCACUUACCCCGUCCCCUUUUACAAAGGGUGUGCGAGUUAAGUCCGCAGCCAACCAAGCCUUUCCUUAAAAGAUCCAAUUCUUCUAGAAGAUGCAAAUCAUUAACUCCUUAUCUUGUUGCUUGGCCAAUCAGUAUGUAGUCAUUCAGUUGUUUUUCCUGCUGGCUGAAUCACACCACUGGACUAUAAAAAGCCCUUUCAUCCACCGCUGAUCCAGAUCGAUGAGAGUAAAUGAACCGAGAAUUCCUUUGAUCGUUUGUUUGGUGUUUUCAUCAAUAAUAAUGUUUAUUUUGCCUCCCAAGUUGCCCCGUCUGCUUUUGCUUCCCCUUUGUGCUGCUCCAUGUCAGCCGCACAACUUCUUAAAUCAUUUCUACACAGAUUUUAGGUAUCAUAACAUUUGCCUUUUUUCCCCUCUCUCUCUCUCCAACUAGUGAAUGUUCAGCAAGGUUGCUCAUUGUGGCUGGGAUAUUUAUUUAUUAUUUCUGUUGUUUCUAAAACUACACAAUGGCCGGUUUAAAGCUAUAGAGAAGUAGUACGUUUGUAUGGAUAUGGCGUAACGUAUUCAGAAAAGCCCUUGUACAAGGAAAUUCUGUGUUUUGUAAUAUUUCUGUAUGGGAUGUAAUAAAUUAUUCAACGACAGUACUUUCUUUGGGGAUAAAAAAAAAGCUUAAAAUGUGACGGUCUUUGUAAGUAUUUAUCUUCAACUAAAUUAUGGUACUUUUUUUGCAAUUUGUAGAUGGUGAUGAUGACAAGAUAUUGGUAAUCAUGAAAUUUAACUGUUUCAUCAUCUGUCUAAUGCAUCUUUUAAUUUAUUGAUGUGUAUAUACUGUACGUUUGUUGAUAAACAGCUUACUUUAUUUUGUAUAUGACCAAUAAACAUGU